AUGAUCCUUUCACGGUUCAAUAAUCCAAAAUAUAGUUUUCAACCGUUACGUUGGAACACAGGUUUUAAUGGUUCAAAACCGUAUUCUAGCAGUGAACUUUCACAAGAUACGUAUCAUCGCAUUUCAGAAAUUACUAUGGAACAUUUGUCGGAAUAUUUUGAAAAUCUUGGUGAACAAGUGAACAUAGACGGUUACGAUGUUGAAUAUUCGAGUGGAGUUCUUACACUUAGGUGUGGUCCUUCUGGCACCUACGUAAUCAAUAAACAACCACCUAACAAACAAAUUUGGUUGUCCUCGCCUAUCAGUGGACCCAAGCGUUAUGAUUAUGAUUCAACCCAUAAAAAGUGGUUUUAUCAGAGGGAUAACUCAACGUUGGAUGGACUUCUUAAUGAGGAAUUGUCUAUAAUAUUCAGAACUAAAGUUGAU